UUAAAACUCAGUAGAUAUAUUUCUUUCAUAUCUAAUUUUUCUAAUAAAAGUAUUUGAUGUAAAAUUUAUAUACAAUAUAUGGAGGCAUUGGCUCUUCAUGAUUUUAUAGCAUCAGCUCAUGAUGAAUUAAGUUUUACUAAAGGGCAAAUAUUAAAGGUUUUAAAUAUGCAAGAAGAUCCCAAUUGGUAUAAAGUUGAAAGAAAUGGAUUGGAAGGUUAUGUACCUAGUAAUUAUAUCCAGAUGAAACCUUUCAGAUGGUACAAAGGCCAAAUGACAAGAGCUAAAGCUGAAAAUUAUUUGUCAAAGCAAUCAGAAACAGGAACUUUUAUUGUAAGAUUGAGUGAAAGUUCACCUGGUGAUUUCUCUCUUACAGUCAAAGUAAAUGAUGGUUACCAACAUUUUAAAAUUUUGCGUGAUUCUUUUGGAAAGUAUUUUGUUUGGGUAGUAAAAUUUGAAUCAAUAAAUCAAUUAUUGGAUUAUCAUCGUGUUAAUUCUAUCAAUAAAAAAGACAUUAUUUUAUUAAAAGAUUGUGAACCUGAACAAAUUAUUAAAGUUGAAGCCUUAUAUGAUUUUGAAGCCAAGGAACCUGAUGAAAUUUCCUUUAAAAAGGGUGACAUAAUUAGUGUUACAAAUAAAACCGGACAAAACUGGUGGGAAGGAUGUGUGGAUAAUAAUACAGGAAUGAUACCAGUAACCUAUGUGAAGGAAAUCGAAAAUAAAUUAACAUAACUUUUCCUUCUUCAAAGUCCAAAAUCUCAUGAAUUAUACUUAUAAUAUUCACAUGUUUUUCUUAAAUAUAAUAUAUUAAAUAAAUUAGUCAAAUCUGUUUAUUUAAAACAAUUCUUAUACAUAACUAAUAUUAUUUAUAAAUUGUUCAAUUAUGUAAUAUUAAAUUCCUACCUGUAUUUUUUAGACCUAUGCACCAAUAAUAAAAUUGA